UUUUAGUUACGCAUUCACAUUAUUUUUCAUUACUUUAUAUCACAUAAUUCUAUUUCGUAUGACGUCAUGUUCUUUAUGUGUUUCAGAAUUAUAAACUACUGCGUUAUUUCUUUGAACAGGUGCAUUCUUAAUACCAUACACCUUGAUGCUUGCUAUAGAAGGUAUUCCGAUAUUUUUUUUGGAACUUGCAUUAGGACAACGAAUGCGGAAAGGGGCUAUCGGUGCUUGGAAUCAAAUAAGUCCAUUCAUGGGCGGUAUUGGAAUAUGCUGUGCAAUAGUUUCCUUCAUCGUUGGACUCUAUUAUAACACGAUCAUCGCUUGGUGCCUUUACUAUCUGUUCCUCAGUUUUCGAAGCCAUUUACCAUGGGAGAAAUGCCCUUCCGUACAAGUUGGAAAAUACAAGAAUGAAAGCCGUUUAGUUGAAGAAUGCAGAAGAAGCGGGCCUACAGCUUACUUCUGGUACCGAGAGACUCUAAAUAUCUCAGACUCAGUCGACAAAUCUGGUGUGAUGAGUUGGUGGAUUUUGGUUUGUUUAGUUUUUGCAUGGCUUUUGGUCUUCAUUUGCAUUGUCAAAGGAAUUAAAUCAUCGGGGAAGGUUGUCUACGUAACUGCCAUCUUUCCGUACAUAGUUCUUAUAAUUUUUUUCUUCCGAGGAGUAACUCUUCCUGGUUUUCAGAAUGGUCUCUACCACUUAUUUGUCCCAGAGUUUUCCCGGUUGUCAGAUCCUCAAGUGUGGGUAGAUGCAGCGAGUCAAAUUUUCUAUUCACUCGGUUUGGGAUUUGGAAGUCUCAUUGCUUUGUCUUCGUACAACCCAACAAGAAAUAAUUGUCAUAGAGAUGCAAUAUUUAUUGCUUUAACAAAUUGUUGUACAUCUGUCUUUGCUGGGAUCGUUGUGUUCAGCAUAUUAGGUUUUAAGGCCACUAGACGUUUAGAAUCAUGUCAAGAAAUUCGUAACCACGAGUUAAUGGCAUUAUUCAAUGACACAAAUGUGAUUCCGCCACCUGCUGGAACCCUUGUUAAUAUUAGCUCCUCACCAAAUGGAGAAGUUACUUCAGUAGUGAUGCCUAAUAUUACUACUUGCAGUUUUAAAGAAGAAAUUUUAAAGUCAGCAUCUGGUACAGGUUUAACAUUUAUUGCUUUCACGGAAGCUAUAAAUCAAUUUUCUGUACCGCCAAUAUGGUCAAUUCUGUUUUUCCUUAUGUUACUGACCAUUGGACUUGACAGUAUGUUUGCAACGCUUGAAGGAGUAGUAACUCCGAUUCUUGACUUGGAUAUUAUUCCUGAUCUCCGUAAAUAUCCUUCUGUGUUAUCGGCUUGUCUUUGUCUGAUAUCUUUUCUGCUGUCAUUUGUAUUUGCCAAUCAAGCUGGACCUUAUAUAUUUGUGUUGUUUGAUGAGUACGUUUCUGGACUUCCGUUACUGAUCAUAGUAUUUGCAGAAAUCAUUACGAUAUCUUAUAUAUAUGGCUUAUACAGGUAUGAAUUUAACGCCUUUUUCUCCUCAACAAUAUUUAAAUACAUACCUUCAUGUUUAAAACAGAUUCUGUGACUGAAGUGGACAGAG